AUGAAGUGGCUGUCUUCACUCGCGCUGAGUGCGACCGCCUUGGCCGCCGUCAUCCCCCAACAAGCACCUCUGGGCUCCUCGCUCGUACACAGCGCCCAACGGACCAAGUUCUUGAUCGAGCUCGCUCCGUAUCAGACCCGAUGGGUCACAGAGGAGGAGAAAUGGGCUCUGAAAUUGGACGGCGUCAAUUUCAUCGAUGUCACCGAUGAAUUCCAGUCCGGGUCGUACGGUGCGCUGCACACCACGCGCGUGGUCAAAUACCCGGGGAAAAUGUCACGCGAGCACGAAGUGCGCCCCCUCGCCGACGACCUGAACAAAAACAAUAUGAAGAAGAACCUCGAGCACUUCACCUCCUUUCACACCCGCUACUACAAGUCCGACUACGGGAGACAGUCCGCCGAGUGGCUCUACGCGCAAGUGAGCGCCGUGGUGCAGGAGUCCGGUGCGACGGAGCACGGAGCUACGGUGGAGCGCUUCGCCCAUCCGUGGGGGCAAUUCAGCAUCAUCGCUCGUAUCCCGGGCCAGUCAAACAACACGGUGGUAUUGGGCGCUCAUCAGGAUAGUAUUAAUCUGUUCCUUCCGUCCAUCCUGGCUGCUCCGGGCGCCGACGAUGAUGGAAGUGGCACGGUGACCAUUCUCGAGACUCUCCGGGCCCUGCUGCGGUCCGAGACCAUCGUGACGGGUCGGGCGGCGAACACGAUCGAGUUCCACUGGUACUCGGCGGAGGAAGGUGGUCUGCUGGGCUCCCAGGCGGUCUACUCCAAGUACAAGAAGGACGCGCGCGAGGUCAAGGCCAUGCUGCAGCAGGACAUGACGGGCUACGUGCAGGGUACUCUCGAUGCGGGCCGCGAGGAGUCGGUCGGCGUGAUUGUCGACUAUGUGGACCAAGGACUUACCAAGUUCAUCAAGCAGGUCAUUACCACCUACUGUGAUGUUCCCUACGUGGAGACCAAGUGUGGCUACGCCUGCUCCGACCAUGCCUCGGCAAGCCGCUUCGGCUACCCGUCCGCUUUCGUGAUCGAGUCGCAGUUUGAAAACUCGGACAAGAAGAUUCACAGCACGGAUGACCUGAUCAAGUACCUCAGCUUCGACCACAUGCUGCAGCAUGCCAAGAUGAGUCUGGCCUUUGCUUAUGAAUUGGCCUUUGCUCCCUUCUGA